AUGAAGAACCUACAGCUAUUGCUACGUCUCCUGUUCCUUUCUGGAGCCGUCGCUACGGAGAUGUCUCUAGCCUCGACGUCUUCAGAAGCCUGCGAGGUAUCCGAAGUUGAAAAAAUUGUUGAAAUUGGAUUUUUACGCGUGGAAUGAAAAAUAAAAAGCAGUUGUGCUGAUUUCACGGCUUCUCUAAAAAAAGCUGCGAUGUACUCCGCAAUGUAACCAGUGGUGCACCCCGUUUAACUUAGUUUUCGUUAAAUCGCAAACCGCUACUCCCUGACAUCAUUUCAUGACAUCAUUCGUAACACAAGAAAUAAGCGUAAUCGAAAUAUUUGGCUAUAUAUUCAUUUUAUUUACGUGAACAUGAUUCAGCAGAUUAUUAUUAUCUCAUUUCAUCACGUCGACUGGUCGGUCUCUUUGCCGCUCUCUCAUGGGAUAAUAUUCCGACGCCCGUCAGCCCUGGACAAGCUGGGCUCCGUACUGUUCCAUUAUGGUGAAGCAGUUCAUUCGCUGGUACUACCCGCGGUCCCACAUUGUUUCCCAACGCUAGCUGUCACUCCGGGACGUAUUGGACAACGAUUGUGGACCGUAACCCGCGCGGACGACUAA